GUUCGUCAAUCUAGCCAAGCCAAACAGGAACAAUGGCAAGCCUUUCGCCAAAAAGCCGAUAAAGUAACCACUACGAAGAAAAAGAAUGACGAAACCUUGGAAAAAGCCCACGAACGAAUAGAAAAAAUGGCUGCGGAAUUGAAAGCCAACGAGUUAGAACAAAAAACCAAAAACCAAACUUCCGACCAGGAAAGCGAAAAAAAAGCGAUAAAUGUAGUAGUAAAUUUAGCCCCACCAACUAAUAAUCCGAACGGAGAAAACAAUAACCAACCAUUAACCAAAGUGGAACCAAAAGCACCACCAAAAAUCCCUGAAAAAGCCCCAGCCAAACCAAAAAAAAUAAAAACUCUCGCGGAACGAGAAAGAGACCGCAAAAAUGCCAAACGCCGAGCGAGAUACCAACUUAAAAAAAUGCUAUCUGCGACC